AUGUCGAUCAACGACUUGUACGCGCUCCCCGCUGACUUCGAGUGGUCAGAAGAGUAUGAUUCCAUCCUCAAUCAGAUUGCUUCCACCGAUGUUGUCGAGACGACAUGGUCGAAACUGAGAGAUAUCAACAUCGACACGUAUCUGUCGGAAGGGAAUCCCCUCGUGGAUCUGUCGUCAGUACAUGACUUCUCACCUCGGCCGUCCACAUCGGGCGGUCUGAAGCUUCCCCCUUUUGCCCCUCGUCCCCGAGACGAAAACAAUCCCAAUGUCAUUCCAAAGGUCCAUCUUUCAAAAGAAGAGGCAGAUGAGAUGAAGGAAACGAUAUUCGCGCAAUUACAUGACUUCGAAGAGUUCAGUAUCGUUUACUGUUUCCUACUGUCAUUCGCUCACGAAUCCUUUAACAGCAAUCCACCCUUCACGAUACAGCGUGUCUGCGAGCUCUGUUUGCGGCCCAAAGAGCACUAUCGAACAAUAGGGAAGUAUCUGCGAGCGGUUGAGAAGUCGCUACUAGUGACUUCUAGCUGGGAUGCAUUCCCGCUACCCACUACUGGGACACAAAAUUCCAUAUCCUCCAUCUCAGUUGCAGUGAGCUCUACGCCCAUCGCAUCCGCCCCCGCCACACCUCUAUUCUCCCCAAUCCCCUUUCUUCAUGAAGACGCCAGGCGAUCAAAAUCUCGCAGCCCGCCACCGUCACCUCUGGCUCUUACAGCUGUUGAUAACCCUGGAGCCGCGGUUAAUGAUGAACCAGCCGUCCUGGGGCCGAGUGACACUGAGCAGAAGGUCCUUGGCUUGGUUGACGAACUAGACGAUCCUAGUCCUGGCCACAUGAGUGACCGUCCUGUUGCGCUGUCAGCCGUUACUGAGCUGCCGCAUGAGGAACCAUCGAAACCCUUAUUUGGAACAUUAGAGGAGAGGUUCGUCCCGUCCUCCCAAGGUAGCGAAACAGAAGUUAUGCACGCGACGGAUGAAAAGGAGAAGGAGAGCCAGGCAGAAGGGGGAUCAGGGGCGGAAUUGGAUAAGAAAACAGAGAGUUGA